AUGAUUUCUUCCCUAGUUAUAUUGGUUUCUAUUCUCGCUUUGGCAGUUUCCUAUCCGUAUUCUCAGCAGUAUGGAAACUACGAUCAACAAUAUUCUGCUCAAUCUCAGUAUUACCCAUCGUCUGAUCAAAGAGGAUAUCAGAAUGGAUAUUACGGAAUGCAAGGAGAUAUGGGAGGUUAUCAAGGAGGUAUGCAGUCCCAGGACUAUCAAGGAAACCAAUUCCAAGGAGGAUACCAAGGGUAUGGUCAAGGAGGCCAAGGUUACCAAAACCAAGGAUACCAAAGCCAAAGAAGUCAAGGAGGAUACCCAAGCAGAUACAGAGGGUCUGAUUCCUCUUCAAUGUAUUCUCCAUUCAUGGAUUUGACCAACUAUUAUGGAUCACAAGGAGUUCCACAAUAUUACGGAUAUCCAUCAUCCGCUUCAUACCAAAUGACCCCAUACUACCAGAACCAAAACCAGAACCAACAAUACAGUAACAUGCAACAACAAUAUAACACUCCAUCUCAAUCCUCCUGGUCUCCAAUGUAUUAUGGAAAUGGAAAUGGAUACCAAUCCCAAUCUUCUUCCCAACAAUCCAUGAACAUCCGUCCAUUCCAAAACUCAUGGGGACAAUCUCAAGGAAGCAGCAGUAACGGAUGGGGGAACCCUUAUCAAUUCACAAAAGUGAAUGCUCAAGUCACUGACGAGAAUGAUAAUGUUGAUGGAUCAGGAAUGGACUCUUCCGAGUAA